AUGGCGGUUCGCCGUUCCGCCCGCCUCAGAGGCCAAAAGGCGUCAUCCGAGGAACCGCAGUCUCAAUCCAAGACACUCAAUGACAACACCAACGAAAAACACGGCCAAAACACCACAAACAAAGACGGGAGCAAGAAGAGAAAGAAGCUUCCCGCUGUGAUGGAACGCGACGAAGGCCGCGAUGUCGAAUCUCAUACAACCACUAAAACGCCCACCAAAUCCAUCCAGACUCCAACCAAGCUAUCCAGUGUCCAAACACCCGUCCCCUCUACUGCGAAGAAAUUGAUCGGAGCAAAGACCCCAACUAGCGCCAUAACCCGUCCAUCUCAUGACGAGAUGCAUCCGAGCAAGGUCCACCAAAGUACCACGAAGCAAGCGGACUCGGGUCUAAUCCUGGGUUUCAACCCUGUGAAGAAAGAUGCCAAUGGAAACGUGGUGAGGGAAACCGUGGCCCACGAUACCCCCAGCAAAGCCAAGGCCUCCCCCAUAAGCCAGUACGGCACUCCUGGUUUCGAGUUCAAAUUUGCCUGCCAAGAGUCUCAACUCAGCGAUGAGGCAAAGAAACUCAUGGAGAGCGUGCGGGAGGAUGUCGCCAAGAUCAAGGCCCAAAUGGUUCUCGAAAAAGAUAAGCAAAAUGCUGCGGACCGUGGCGCUGAAGGACUGAAUGGUAGAGACCGUCGCAUUGCACAGCCCAAAGGCAAGGCCGGCCGCUUUAGCAGCGCUCAUAUGGCGGAGUUCAAGAAGAUGGACUCCAUCGCCAACCAUCCCUCCGCGUUCCGCGCUACGCCAGGCCGCUUCCAGCCAGUUGGGACGACUCUCAAGCGGACCAACUCGAAAGCGGGCUUUGACGAAGCUGAGUCCAGACGCCAGUCCCCUCCCAAGGCGACGGCGAAGCCUUCUCCUGCCCCAGCCGCGCCAAGUGCGAAGCGUGUCAAGCAUGACAAGACCGACGACGUUUCGACUCGCCGUCCGACCACCGAGGCAGACAAGACCCCAAAGACGGCUCUCCCGCGUCCUAGAUCUGCUGCUCGCAGUUCCUUGAUGACCCCCACACGAGCUUUUGCUGCACGCACCUCAUCCGUCAGCCUCAAACCACCUCGGACCAGCAUGAUCCCUUCGCUGGCACGUUCUCCGGUCUCGAAGCCUGCUGGCAUCCCACGCACUCCUCAGACCGAUUUCAACCCGCGGAUCAAGAGCAACUUGCCCACACUGGGUGGUCUCAAAUCCAUCCUUCGCCGCCAUCAGCCCUUAUUCUCCCGCGACCCUACGAAGAUCGCUGCAGGCACUCAUGUAGCCGCUCCGGACUUCACCUGCAACUUCCUUCUGGGGUCGUCUCGUGAGCCUUCAGUGACCGAAGAGCUCGCUCCGACGCCUUCGCCAAAGAAGCGGGUCGAGUUUACUCCCACCACCAAGUCUCCAGUCGCCAAAGUCGACAGCGAGCUGGACCAGCCCUCUCCUUCUCCAAGUAAAAUCACCGUGUCUGUUUCCCAUACCUCGUCGGACAUUGUGUAUCCCACCUUGCCCGUCUUGACGCCGGAGAAGACCUCUGCUGCUGCUAUCAGAUCAGGUCAGGAUGGCACUCCAACCAUCCGUCAUGUCCGCCAGUCGAAUGUCAACGCUCAGUCGACUGCUCUUCCCGACGUUGCUGGUAUGCCGCACGGAAUUGGCAAUAAGAAGGCAACCACCUUACCAGACAUUGCUGGUGUGCCCCAUGGAAUUGGUAACAAGAAGAGACACCGCGCGACUGAGGACGAAGCGGACACCGAGAAUGUGCCUCCUGCAGAGUCCACUUCGGAUCCUCGUAGUGCUAAGAGACUCAAAUUCAGCGCCCCAUCUCCCGCAAAGGCUCCUCCCGCCCUCAGCCCUACCAAGGCCCGUACUCACACCCCUGUCCGCACUUCCUCAAUCUCAAGCCGUACGGGUACACCCGCAAGCGCCAGAGCGAAAAGCCGAGGCGUUCUCAGCAUCAGUCGCCUGAACAUGCUCGCUCAGCCCAAGAACCGUCGUUGA